UUUUCAUGAGUAAUUCUUAUGUAUUUUUUACUUUGAACUCAGAGUGACGCUGUUGACCAGGAUGUAUCAGUUCGUCGCUGAUGUGUUGUAGUACCUCCCAUCAUCUCCUUCUAUUUUCUCGAGAAGCACAGCGGAGAGAUUCAAUAAAAAACCGUUUGUGGGAAUGUAACCGAACGCAGAUACAUAAACCUUGGGCUUUCUGUUACGGAUUUCUGUUCAGUUAACGUGAAUCGGGACAAAGGGUUUACAUGUGGAUAUUUUGAUGAUGGCAGGAAUAACAGCGAGACGGCAAGUACUAUUGUUCAUUUCGGUCCUCUCCCUCAGUGCAGCUGUCGGACAGGUCAGCUACUCUAUUCCUGAGGAAAUGGCGAAAGGCUCUUUCGUUGGUAAUAUAGCUCAGGAUUUAGGUUUAGACACCCUAAGGCUGAAAUCCGGCAGGGCUCGGGUUUUUACUCGAGACAACACAGCUUACAUCGAGCUAAACAGCGAAAGGGGAAUUCUCCUACUUAAAGAAAGGAUAGACAGAGAGGCGUUGUGUGGACAAAUGACGCCUUGCGCUUUACAUUUUCAGAUUUUAUUAGAAAAUCCGAUGGAAUUUUAUAGUGUCACUGUUGAAAUCACAGAUAUAAAUGACAAUCCUCCGACUUUCAUCACGAACGAGGCACAUUUUAAUAUAAGCGAAUCUGCGCUGAGUGGCACAGCAUUCGUUUUAGAUCGGGCGACCGAUCUUGAUGUGGGCGAAAAUAGUUUAAAAGCAUAUGCUCUUAAACCAAGUGAUAUAUUUUCUCUGAAAAUAAAUAAUCCGGGACAGGGUAGUAAAAACGUGGAGAUGGUUCUGAAUGCACCGCUCGACAGAGAGAAAAAUGAACACCUACGUUUGGUUCUGACGGCGGUGGAUGGUGGCGAGCCGCGGAUGACUGGAACGAUGCAGAUUCAGAUUAAUGUUUUAGACGCUAAUGACAAUGCUCCCGUUUUUACACAGCCCGUUUAUAAAGCAUUUAUAAAGGAAAAUGCACCAGUCGGAACUGUUGUAGGGACAGUUACUGCAACUGAUGCAGAUGACGGGUCUAAUGGCAGAAUAACUUAUUCAAUUUCAGCUAUGCUAGAUCAUGCCUAUGGUAUUUUUGAAAUCAAUAAAGGAAACGGUGAAGUCACUUUGAUUGGAAAGGUUGAUUAUGAGAAAACCAGAACUUUUCAGAUUAAUAUUCGAGCGAGUGAUGACGGAGGUUUAAGUGGUUCAUGCAAAUUAAUAGCUGAUGUAAUAGACACGAAUGACAACCGCCCCGAUAUUCAUAUCAUGUCUAAAUCAAAUGUUAUAUCAGAAGAUGCGAAGCCUAACACCGUUGUAACAAUGAUAAAUGUAGAAGAUGCAGAUUCCUCUGAAAAUGGAAAAGUGCAAUGCGACAUCAAUGAAAGUAAUAGUUUCAUAUUGAAGUCAGUUUCAGAAAAAUUCUAUAGUUUGAUGACAGACAGUGAUUUAGACAGAGAGAGACUCGGACAGGUCAGCUACUCGAUUCCUGAAGAAAUGUCGAAAGGCUCUCUAGUUGGAAACAUGGCAAAAGAUUUCGGCUUAGAUGUUAGACGAUUAAAAUCGGGUAAAGCUCGUAUUUUUUCUCCUGACACCGAUGAUUAUUUUGAGCUGAAUAACGAUAGAGGAGUCCUCCUCAUCAAGAAUAGGAUCGACAGAGAGGCGCUCUGUGGGCAAACAACGCCUUGCGCUUUGCAUUUUCAAAUUAUACUAGAAAAUCCAAUGGAAUUUUACAGUGUGACAGUUGAGAUAACAGAUAUUAACGAUAACCCGCCGUCCUUUGAAAAGAAUGACGUCAAAUUUAAAAUUAGCGAAUCCGCCGUCCGUGGGGCUAAAUUCAUUUUAGAUCGUGCCGUCGACCCUGAUGUAGGCUUAAAUGGACUGCAAACCUAUAAACUUGAACCGUCAGGGAAUUUUGUGGUUAAAUUGCAUGAUCAGGCAGAUGGAACGAAUAACGUUGAAAUGAUCUUAGACAAACCUCUUGACAGGGAAAAACAUGAAUAUUUGUCUCUUAUACUGACGGCGCUGGAUGGGGGAGAGCCGCAGAUGACAGGAACAAUGCAGAUUCUAAUCACUGUUUUAGACGUUAAUGACAAUGCUCCUGUCUUUACCCAGUCCGUUUACAGGGUUACUGUUCCUGAAAACGCACCGAAGGGCGCCGUUAUUUUAAGAGUCAGUGCCUCUGAUAAUGAUAAGGGAACAAAUGAAGAGAUAACAUUUUCGUUCUCACAGCAUACCAGCAGUGCAUCUUCCCUGUUUAUUAUAGAUCCCCACAGCGGAGAAAUAAGUGUAACUGGUGUUUUAGAUUAUGAAAAAGCUAAACAUUAUGAAAUAAAUAUUGAAGCUACGGACAAAGGGGGGCUUACAGACACAAGCAAGGUGCUAAUUGAAGUGACCGACCUAAAUGAUAAUGCCCCUAUAAUUAGCAUCAUUUCCCUCUCCAAUGCAAUACCAGAAGAUUCCCCUCUAAAUACCGUCAUAGCAAUGAUCAAUAUUAAAGAUUUGGAUUCAGGUAAAAAUAGUCAUGUUAGGUGUUAUAUUAGCCAAGAUUUGCCUUUCAAAAUCAAGUCCUCCGCACCUAAUUUCUAUAGUCUGAUAUCUGACGAUAUUUUGGAUCGUGAAACAGUACCAGAAUAUAAUAUAACUAUUACAGCAGUAGAUGAGGGUUCCCCGCCUUUUUCCACAAACAAGAGUAUUCAUUUAAGAAUAUCGGACGUAAAUGACCACGCACCAACGUUCCCGCAACAGUUUUUGACCGCUUUCGUCAAUGAAAAUAAUUCACCUGGUAUGUCACUCCUCACCGUCAAAGCCAGCGACAUGGACUAUGGAAGCAAUGCGCGCAUUUCUUAUUUUCUUGAGGAUAGUCAGCUGAAUGGGAUGUCAGCUUCUGCUUAUUUUUCAGUGAAUGUAGAGCGGGGGGAGAUAGCUGCUGUGCGCUCCUUCGACUAU